GAACUAUGACGUCUCACCUGACCAGCACUGGCCAGGCAAACUCUUGGUUGAUUUGGUUGAAUGAGGUUGUCUGCCACUGUGGACGGAAGGAGCGACUCUGGAAGUCUACCACGUAUAAUUUUUCAGACCGGAAGACUCGGGUCACGAAGCGCACAGGAUACUCGAGGAUGAAAACGACCGGCGACGAUGGUCUGUCGAGUCAGCCAGUCAUAGGACUCUCGGAGAAAGUGAUCGGGAAGAUGAAGGAGAAAGAGGACCGGGCCGGAGGACUACUAGGACAACGAAAAUCAAUCCUGAAUAGCAGCAGCAGUAGCAGUAGCAGUAGUAGUAGUAGCAGUGGUCAAGAUGUCAAGACAACAACAACCAAGGAGAACACGAUCAGUCAGGCUGGAUUCGAUGGCGCAGGGAAAUAUCUUCUAUCGGGAGGGAUAGCCGGCGCAGUCUCCAGAACAGCAACGGCGCCAUUCGACCGGCUGAAGGUCUAUCUAAUCACCGCCCAACCGAGAAUGAACGCGGAGCGGACGAGUCGAACGAUAAUGGGCAGAGGGGGCAGCAUGACGAACCUGAUAGAGUCACUCAAGUCGAUCUACAACGAACAUUCCAAAUGUCAGAUCAACGCCCAUCACCCAAAGCCGCAUUCCUGGGGUCUCCGUAACUUCUUCAUCGGAAACGGCCUCAACGUCAUCAAGGUCUUCCCCGAAUCCGCCAUCAAGUUCUUCGUCUACGAGUACGCUAAAAACUUCCUCUUCCAUCCUCCGAAUCAUCCCUCCCCGCACCCCGAUGAGCAUCGCUCUAAUCUCGUCAGGUUCAUGGCCGGCGGCUUGGCUGGGGUGGUGAGUCAAGUCUUAAUCUAUCCGAUCGAGACACUCAAGACUCAAUUGAUGAGUAGUACCAUCAACGAAUCAUUUCAAGGUCGUGCACUCCUAGUUUAUACGAUCAAAAGGCUCUACCAAACUGGCGGAGUAAGGGGUUAUUACAAAGGUCUGAUGGCCGCGACAAUGGGCGUAUUUCCAUACUCAGAUGAAUUGACAAAAAUCAACACAAAUCCGAAAACGUUAUUGAUGACAAUGGAAUAAAAAACGUAGCGAUAGAUAUGUCAGCGUUUGAGGCUUUAAAACGGGCCUACAAAACGGCGUCUGGGACGGAAGACGAGACGGGCGUCUUAGCGACACUAUUGUGUGGAGCGAUAAGUGGGGGGGUAGGAGCGACGGUAGUAUAUCCCUUGAAUGUAGUCCGGACGCGCCUACAAGCCCAAGGGACGCCGUACCAUCCGCAACGAUACGCAGGCAUCCUUGAUUGUGUCCGCCGGACAUUCCUCCACGAACGCUGGAGAGGCUUCUAUCGCGGCCUCGCGCCCUCCCUCCUCAAGGUCGUCCCCGCCGUCAGCAUCAGUUGGCUCGUCUAUGAACAGAGCAAUCGCACCCUUGAACAGCUCCUCGGUUGACCUCGCUACCCUCCUUUCUCUUCGGUCUUGUCUCUGGCCCCCACCUCUUCUCUCUCUCUCUCUCCUGUUAAGCCCUUCCUUGAGGAAUACCUCCUUUCUUCCCUCCUGUCGUUUUACGAACACCUUCCUAACUCUCUUCUCUUUUCCCCUCUUUCCAUCCUUUUGUUCUCCUUUAAGCCUUGGUAUUUUUUCUUUUUGUUCUUGAUAACACUCGUAAUUUUCUUUUUCUUAUUUUUGAUUUGUUGGGCUUUUUGGCGUGUGUUCCUUCACACACACAAUAUAUAUAUAUAUAUAUUCAUAUUAUUAUUUUCUUCCCUAGACAUAUAAAC